CUCGGUUACAAUAGAAACUUCCUGAUUCUCCUCCUACUUGCCUUUCUCGGGCAGGGAAUCCCUUCUCUAAAAAGUGUUUGUCACGUUCAAUCGCGUGCUCUCACUACCGCACUUCAGCAGAUUAAGUUACAAGCUAAACAUAUGUCCACGAAAAAAUAUAAACUUAAUCAAUAGCGAGGUAUUAAAAUAAUCUGAUAAGUAGAGCGUGAAUCUUGAUCCUCAAAAAGGGGUGUGCUUGAUGCUGUCGCAGAUCCAGGGAGUGCAUUUAGCUUAAAGCUAACGUCAGUUAGCCAUCUAGCCAGGUAACAUCGCUCGACACCUACGGCAAAUAAGGGAGAGCAUGCUGAGGCGGCACGGCUGGUAGAAUGAAGAGCCCGGCGCACCGCAGCAGGGACAUCGAGAGGCAAGCGGGCUACCUGCGUCCGGAACACUGCGCCCCUCCGCCCCAGCUGGGCCCGGGCGCCGGUGCCAUGUGGUUCAUCCGCGACGGCUGCGGCAUCGUGUGCGGAGUCAUCACCUGGAUGCUGGUGCUGUUCGCCGAGUUUGUGGUGCUCUUCGUCAUGCUGAUGCCUGCGCGCAGCCUGCUCUACAGCCUUGUGAACGGUGUGCUCUUCAACACCCUCGCCUUCCUCGCCCUCGCCUCCCACUUCAGGGCCAUGUGCACAGAUCCGGGAGCUGUGCCAAAAGGGAAUGCCACCAAAGAGUUCAUCGAGAGCCUCCAGCUGAAGCCAGGACAGGUGGUCUACAAGUGCCCCAAGUGCUGCUGCAUCAAACCUGACAGAGCGCACCACUGCAGUGUGUGUAAGCGGUGCAUCCGGAAGAUGGACCACCAUUGCCCCUGGGUGAACAACUGUGUGGGGGAGAACAACCAGAAGUAUUUUGUGCUCUUCACUAUGUACAUUGCACUGAUAUCGUUGCACGCGCUCAUCAUGGCGGCCUUCCAUUUUGUCUUCUGCUUCGAGGAGGACUGGAACACGUGCAGUUCCUUCUCGCCUCCGGCCACAGUCAUCCUCCUCAUCCUCCUGUGCUUCGAGGCGCUCCUCUUCCUCAUCUUCACCUCUGUGAUGUUCGGCACGCAGGUCCACUCCAUUUGUACCGAUGAGACCGGCAUAGAGCAGUUGAAGAAGGAGGAGAGACGAUGGAUUAAGAAGUCCAAGUGGAUGAACAUGAAGGUGGUGUUUGGCCACCCUUUCUCCAUAGGCUGGCUCAGUCCCUUCUCCACGCCGGACCAUGGAAAAGCUGAGCCCUACCAGUACGUAGUCUGACGCAGGACCAACCGUCGCUCUGGCUGAAACCUGGCGCACGUGCCCCGCGAGGUGUGGCGCGCAUUGAUGAUGCGUGCAGACAGCGCCACCACAGCACCGGCCUGCUCACCUAAGCAGACCCUCUCUCAGCAUGAUUAUGAGGACUGGGGACUUCUGGCACCGGAUGAACUGCUCUUAAUUUUUCUCUCUAUUUCUUUUUUCCCACUGUUCCUCUUAUCUUGGUGACAGAAAGAUAUCACCAGCCGACUCAGAGAUUGCACAGACACUGAACAGAUAUCUGCCUGCAUUCAUAGAAAUAAUCAUAACCUUUGGUCUUUAAGUUGUGGUGUCCAUUCUUGUUUUGCUUUAUCUUUCAUGAUCAUCUCUAGUUGGUAACAACGGCGCCUUAUAACUAACUAACUGCCUGAGGCCUACUUCUGGAUGACUCUAGUCGACUAUCUAGUGAAGCUGAAGCUGAGCCAUUUUUUUGAUUUUGCUCUUUUUCAAUCACUGGAAGUGCACUCAAAAUGACAACAGAAGACUAAAAUGCAGUGGUGACGUUACCACAUACUUUUCUGAGACAACCUGUACUCACAAACCAAAGCAUGUGGCUCUCACCAAUAGAUGCUCCAGAGUCUUAUAGCCUCAAAGUGUUCAGCUUUGUUGUGUAAUGUGUAGACCAACAACAACUGCAGUCACUCCACAAUACUACUGCAAGGUUAUUACAUGAAGCAAAUACUCAAACAAUCUGUUUCUAUGGUAUUGUAAGUCAAUAUUACAGUCUUAACAUAAUAUAGUUGUCAAAUCAGAUAAUUUGUCAAUGUGAUAUGGUUGUCAAUCAGAUAAUUUGACUGAAGAUCUGGUCAUACAACAGUUCAUUGAUGUGGAGGUUAGGUCAGUAGAAGAACAGACAGGCCUUUGCUACUGGAGCGAAUAGACUCAAGCAAUGUGGGGCCAAGUUGUCUGCUUUAUCAACUAACAUUUCUAAUCUCUUGUUUCUGAAUACUGUCAUUAUAUCAUAAUAACAAGAGCAGGGCAGAGUUGCACAGGAUUCAUGGAAAUUGCCUUUUUACCUCUGAGAAAGUGAACAGACCACAGGCUGCAUGGUCUGGUUAACUGCCUUAUUGUAGGUGGCCCUGGGCUUCAGGCUCUGAGCUGUGUCUCCAUCCUUCACAUUUUGCCAAAGGUGAUGUUGCAGUUUUUCUUUCUUUCCAAAAGGAGAGAUGCUUAACGUUGAAAGCAGAAAUAUCCCCUCU